AUGCGGUCUCCGACUGUCUUGCGCCUAGCCUUUUGCCUGCUGACUGCCGGUUACACGAUUGCAAGCCCGUGCAAGCCGAGCUCAGUCGCGACUACAUAUGCACGCUCUUCAGCCAUAUCCACUGGGACUUCAUCCGAAACGUCAUUUGCAUCUUCUACAGAUCAACCAGCAACAACUUCUGUUCUGUCCGAGUCGGUUACUGGAACUUAUCCAUCUUCGUCCGUCGAACUGUCUACUUCUAUCAUAUCUCAGAUAUCGGAGACUACUGCAGAAUCGAGCACAAUCGAAUCAACCACAGCAGAGCCCACCACAAUCAAGUCUACCACCACCACUGCGGGUGCCUCAACGACCGAGACUAUCCCUGUGCCAACUUUCAGUCUGUUUGCUACUGGCCAAGGCCCCGUAGAAGAAGAAGGUGUUCAUACCUACGACAACGACGGGUCUGUAGCCGUGUUCGACCCCAGCCCCAUCUUUGGCGAUGCUUCAGUACGACCCUACACCAUCGACUCGCAAGGAAGACUUGUCAACGACCAGGGCUUCUUCCUUUGUGGAUUCUACAUUGCUACCAACGUCAAUCUCGACUCGCCCGCAUCAGUUGGGACCUGCAAGAACUCUUGA